CUUUCUUCAUUUUUGAACAAACAUUCCCAUGUUCUUCUCUCGUUCCCAGAAAUUAUCCUCCAUUCUUCGUUCCCGAAUUUUCUCCAUCUGAAGACUCUCUCUCUCUCUCUCUCUGAGUUUUCCGGAGGUGAUGACGUGAAUCGGCGGUGUAUCGCAUUGUGGCUCACAAUAACAUGGAAUCUUCGAAUCCUCAGGCGGUACAACAGCAGCAGCAUCAACAUGGUGAAGCCUGGGAACUUCCUCCUUCGCAGUCCGGAAUUGCCGAUGCGCGUAACCGUGGCGCCGGGAACACGGUUUUCAAGAGUGGACCAUUAUUUAUAUCAUCAAAAGGGAUUGGAUGGACGUCGUGGAAGAAAAGAUGGUUCAUUUUGACGCGUACUUCACUGGUUUUCUUUCGGAGUGAUCCAAGUGCAGUUCCACAGAAGGGAAGUGAGGUCAAUUUAACCCUUGGUGGAAUUGACCUCAACAAUUCAGGCAGUGUGGUUGUUAAGGCAGAUAAAAAGCUGUUGACUGUUCUCUUUCCUGAUGGCCGUGAUGGACGCGCCUUUACACUCAAGGCUGAAACUAAUGAGGAUUUAUAUGAGUGGAAAACUGCUCUGGAAAAUGCUUUGGCUCAAGCACCUAGUGCUUCCCAUGUGAUGAGUCAAAAUGGUAUUUUGAGGAAUGAGCAUGGCGAUGCCACCACGAAUGGUUCUGAUGAAAGCACAAAUGAUCAGACACCUGCAAAAUCAACAGUCCUUGGCAGACCGAUAUUACAUGCUCUAGAAGAUGUUGAUGGUUCUCCAUCUUUCUUGGAGAAGGCCCUUAGGUUUGUUGAAGAUCAUGGUGUCAAGGUAGAAGGUAUCUUGAGACAAGCUGCUGAUGUCGAUGAUGUUGAACACCGAAUUCGCGAAUAUGAGCAAGGAAAAAAUGUUUUCUUACCAGGGGAAGAUGCUCAUGUAAUUGCUGAUUGUGUUAAGUAUUUUCUCAGAGAGUUGCCUUCCUCACCGGUGCCUGCAUCUUGUUGCAAUGCCCUUCUGGAAGCUUGCCGUACUGAUCGUAGCAAUAGAGUCAAUGCUAUGAGUGCAGCUAUUUGUGAAACCUUCCCUGAACCAAAUCGUCGCCUAUUGCAGAGAAUUUUGAUGAUGAUGCAGACUGUGGCUUCUCAUAAAAAUGUAAACCGGAUGAGCACUGCAGCUGUUGCAGCUUGUAUGGCACCCUUACUUCUGCGACCCCUUCUUGCUGGGGACUGUGAGAUCGAAAAUGAUUUUGAUGUUGGUGGUGACGGUUCUAUGCAACUUCUGCAAGCAGCUGCUGCAGCCAAUCAUGCUCAAGCGAUAGUUAUAACUUUACUAGAAGAAUAUGACAGCAUUUUCGGAGAAGGUUCUUUGUCAGCUGACUUGUACUCUGACUCAGAAGUUAGUGGAAGUGAGACUGAGGGGGAAACAGAUGACGAAGAGUAUGAAGAUGAUGACGCAUCACAGGGGUCUUACUACUCAGAUGAAGAUGAUGAUGAUGAUGAAGAUGGUGAUGAUGAAGACGAAGAUAAUGACGAUGACGAUGAUAAUGCAUCUAAUGGAUCACAUGGUGAGAGUGCCACCUCAGCCGACAAAGAUGUGGAUGACAGAGAUCCAAAGGACCAUAAGAUAUCUGAAGACUUAAGCUCAGAACCCGAAACCCCCAAAGAAAGUAGCAAGCCGAAAGUUACUAAGAAGCUUUUAUCUGGUGGUAGAAGAUAUUCACAAUCCCAGGGUAAGGAUGGAAAAAAGAAUGAGAAUAUCUUGGUUGAAAGUGGCGAUACUUCAGGAAAGAAGUAUGCUGAAGAAGUCUCAACAAAUCUCGAUAAGAACUCAGCAACUUCAGGUUCCGUAGCAAACGUGCAGAAACAGACUACUUUAUCUAAUGCACCAGGAGGCAGCAGAAGGCUCUGGGGACGUACACCUGCCAAGAAAAACCUUUCAAUGGAAUCUAUUGAUUUCUCCGUCGAAGAGGAUGACGAUGCUGAAAUCGAGAGACUUGAGUCCACCAAAUUGGAGCUACAAAACAAAAUUUCAGAAGAGGUUAAAAGCAACACUGUUCUACAGGCUAGUUUGGAACGCCGAAAGAAAGCCCUGUAUGAGCGUCGCCUAGCUCUAGAAAAAGAUGUGGCAAGACUGCAAGAGAAAUUGCAACAAGAGAGAGACAAGAAGACAGCUCUAGAAGCAGGACUUGACAUGUCGAAAGGAAACCAACGUAUUCCCGACACUAUCGACGAAAAGUUGAGGAAAGAUUUGGAAGAUGUAGCUCAGGCAGAGACUGAUAACGCCAAGUUGGAACAGCAGGUCGACAAUCUCCAAACUAAACUCGGUCACAACGAGGGGAGAAGCUCGAGUUAUAGGUACAGUGCAAAAAUUAAGGACAAACAAAAGGACACCGAACCGAGCACUUCUCAUGAUUUAGAUAAGUCAGCUCCAGAGGGUGCUCAUGUUGGCGGAAGAGAAAGCGACAUAGAGAUAUCGCAACAGGAUCCAGCGUCUUUACAAAGCAGAUCUUCGCAGCCAAACCAUCAGCAAGAAACAUCACGUAGCAGCAGCUCGAAACUGGCUGGCAUGUAUAAGAAAUCCGGCACAAGGGCAGACGGGUCCACAACUUCAGCGCUUUCCAAGUUGACGACAAGACUAAACUUCCUCAAGGAAAGACGGAGUCAGAUAGCGAACGAGCUCCAAAACAUGGAUAAAGGCAGAGGAAGAAGCGGAUCCCCGAGCCAAAACUCGGAGAAAGGAGCAUCAGAUACUCCAAAGUCAUCCAAGGAGAAGGAUUUAGAGGGAAGCCCUCAUGUUCUCGACAGAGGAAGAUCCGAAAACAGCAUGUCAUACCCUACUGGAGACAGAGGCAGAGGAUCUGGAACUGGAAACAGCAGCAAUAAUCCCAACACUAGCUCGAGAACUUUCUCGAGAUAAUAUUAUCCGAUUCCAUUUCUUCGUCUCAAGGCUUCGAAAGUGAAGGAGUAUCAUAUCGAAAACACAAAUGCCUGCCCAGUUUGUACAGACGCCAAUAACUCAGAAGGUAACUUACUUGGUGGCUUCUUCUUCUUCUUCUUCUUAGAUUCAUUCACUUGAUACAGUGUUUUCAAAGCCACAAUUCUGUCUUUGAUUUUGUCAUAUUCUUUUGCCUCUGUCUUUUUGUCCCCUUUAGAGACAGAACUUGCCUUUUGAAGGUGUGUUAUUGUUUUGGUAGAUUUCAUGUUAGUGCAGCAGAAUUUAUUGCAGCGUG